AUGGAGAAGAAGUCCUAUAAGUGUGGUAGAAGUGUGUCUGCGUGCGAGCUGGACCGCAAAACGACGCACGGAUGUCCCUACAUGUGCGGGAUGUGUCCAGUUUGCGCCUUUGCUCCGACACCACCGGCUUCUACCCGGUGUGUGUGGAAGGCGUCGGAUGAAUUCAAGAGGAGGUUCGUGGUGGAGCUGCUGUUGCGGUGCAGAAACAACAAAGUCCUCGAAGGCAUCCACGGUGUGCUGUGCGUAACAACGUCGUGGACUUUAUCCACUUACGCGAGGUCACGGAGCCCGACUUCGCCUAGGGAUUACCCCCUCCGCGGUGCAGACCGUCCGCCGGACGGGAAACCACUCGGCAUGGACCUGAAUGAGGUCUGGGACUGGUUCAACAGCAGCCCCGACUGGAUUCAAUCACGUUAUCUUUGCCGUUUGUUUUCCCUCUGCGACUCCGAACUAUUACGCAUGGUGACUAAUUUAACCAGCGUGCUUCUGGUCAGACAAAAACGAGGGUUUCUGCAAUCUAACGUGAGUAGUGUCAAUACCAGUCAGCAUGAUGAGACAAGUGAUGGAGACUCAGAGGACCCUGCUCUGAUGGUGGUGCCCGGAUCCUCGAAAUCUGUGUCUGGAGUCAGCCGGCACAGAGACUUCAUAGGCUGCCUACCGGUGGAUCUGUCCAAGAGGAUAUUAGGUCUGUUAGAUGAGCACACUUUGAGACGCUGCCUGAAGGUUUGUGGAUGCUGGAAGCUUCUCGCUCAGGAAACCGUGGAGGAAAUCAAGUUCAGACGUCUUUUUCAGGAACAAAUUAAGGCAACGAUGAAGGUGUCAUUUAGGAAUAUGGGUAUUUAAAUCGUGCAUUCAGGAGUUGUACAUUUAAAAGUGUGCAAAGUUGCUGUAGUUUUUGGUUAAUUACAUCUUUCUGUUCUAGAGGUACAAAAGUAUAAACAAAGUAAAUCCUACUCUAAACCCUGCACAUCGGAAUGAAAACACGACUGACGUCAUCGGGUUGUGUUUGGGUUCGACAGAGAAGACCCACAUCGGGUGGUGGACUACAGAGGAGGACCGCUUAUGGCGACGGGCUCCAAGGACCGCGUGGUGCGUCUGCUUCACGUGGCGUCGGAGACAAAAGUCGUGUCGGAGGUGAUGGGCCACGUCGGCAGCAUCCAGGCCACGCUGCUCUGCGAGGAAAGAGGCCUGCUGAUAACGACGAGCUGGGAUGUGAGUAUCAGGUGUUGGAGUUUGAAGACGGACAGGUGUGAGAUGAUGCUGUACGGUCACACUGGCUCCGUCAACUGUCUGGACGUCCACGCUGACAGACUCGUCUCCGGGGCUAAAGACUGUAAGGUCAAAGUGUGGAGUCUAAACACAGGGAAGGAUUUUGCGGAUUUUCAUUUCAAGCACCGCAGUCCCGUCCAGUGUGUGCGGAUCAACAGGAGAACGGUGUACAGCAGCUGUGUCCGGGGCCUCGUCAGAGUGUGGGACAUGGAGAACGCGUCGCUGCUCAGGGUGAUCGAUGCCCACAGGAGCUCAGUGAAGUGCCUGUUUGUCGACGAAAGGCACUUUUUAUCCGGGGACUUCAGCGGUCAGGUCAUGGCCUGGAGCGUCAGCUGCGACGCUAAAGAGUGUCUCAUGACCUUCAACCACCCAAACGAGGUGAAAUCUCUGACUCUUGUUUACCUCCGUGUCAUUACUGGCUGUGUGGAUGGAAAGAUUCGCAUUUUUAAUUUCCUCACCGGAGAUUGUCUGAGAGACAUCACGGUAGAGGCUGAAACAGGCUGAAUACUGUCUCUGCACUUCCAUGACAACCGUAUACUAGUGAACGCGCCGUCCAGUGUGAAGCUCUACCAGUUUGCCAAAGUGUUCUGGGAUUACACAGAGCCACCAGAGGGAGGCCAGGGCGAUGUGGAGGCUCAGGUCGGUUCGGUUCCUGAGGGUUCCUUCGUCUCCGUCCGGGCCGAUCGCAGCCAAAAGAUGCACUGUAGCUAUGACAAGAAACCAGAGGGAGCCGAGCCGCACUACCACACCUGCUUGCAAGCCAGAGAGCGCUGUGAGUCUGCUAAACUGUCACUGAUGCUGAGUGAGAAGGCAACGAGUGAGCGGAUGACGAGGAGGGGGCUUCAUCGUCCCCCGACAUGCGACUCCAUCCUCCUCCGGGUCAACGCCAUGCAGAAGGCGCGGUGCACGGACGAAGCCGGCGUCAACAUGGAGCGAAACGCCGGGCUGCGAGACUCCUGGGGCCCUCGCUCGUCUCAGGAUCCUCUGCAGACUCGGACGUGGAUCACACGUGAUGUUCAUCCCACAAGGGCCAAGACCCGCGUUCCAAUUUUAAAGAGAGAUGCCGGUCAAAAUAUGACAAAAGCGAUCAAAGGGAAAGACGUCCGCACGGCCCCCGACGCCACGACGAGACGCCAUUUUUGAGCAAUCGAGAGAGUGAGCGGAUUCACUGCAGGGGCCUCAGAGGGGCCACGGGCUCCUGAGUGCGCGCUCAUGAGGCCGCCGCAUGAUCCAGAACGCUGCGUGAAAACUGGCAGCAGCAGCUUGCCCAGGAUCAGCCCAGUGGGUCCGUUUAGAGAGCACAGAGGACUCUGGCUGCUCACAGGGACCCAGCUGGAAGAGUGUUGGGUCAACAAGGAUCUCACGCAGGACUGGGCGCAAAAACUGUCCACGAGGAAUAAGAAGCAGGAGAAAAAAACGUGA